GGAGUACAGAAGAGAGUGGAGGUAGAGAACCCGCGUGGAGCUCCGACAGCAUCAGUCACUUGUGAACACCGCGGAGUUACGGAACACCCUGGAUCUGUAGCUGAUAACCAGUGAGCGCAUUGAGCAGUAUGGCGCCAAACGUAACAGGAUCGCCAACCUCGCUGUUUUUGGCGGGGGCGGAGAUCUGCCCUGAACAGAAGAUUGUUCCUGAGAAACUCCGCAUCAAGUCCGUGCCCACCCCCGCCCCUACAACCACCCCCGCCGCCCCCAAGUCAGAAUACCACUGGGAAAUAGUGUGGAGAAACGUGGCUGCCUUUAUCUACCUCCACGGAGCCGCCGUGUAUGGCCUGUUGCUCCUCCUAACUGGGAGAGUACAUCCACUCACACUACUGUUCAGCAUGUCCGUCGGCUUCGUCUGCGGCCUAGGCAUCACAGCAGGCGCUCAUCGGCUAUGGGCACACAAGGCCUACAAGGCAAAAUGGCCUCUACGUCUGCUGUUGGCCUUCUUCCAGACAGUGGCCUUCCAGAACCACAUUUACGAGUGGGUUCGCGACCACCGUGUUCACCACAAGUUCACCGACACCAACGCCGACCCGCACAACUCCAGGAGGGGGUUCUUCUUCUCACACAUGGGUUGGCUAAUGGUCCGCAAGCACAAGGAUGUAAUUGUCAGGGGCAAGACGGUCGACAUGACCGACCUGGAGAAGGACUGGGUGGUGGUGUGGCAGAGGCGAUUAUAUCUGCUCCUGCUGCCUAUUUGCUGUUUCGCGCUGCCCACCUGGAUACCCAUGCAUUUCUGGGGCGAAUCGUUCUGGACGGCAUGGAACCUCAACAUCUUGCGGUACACCCUGAGUCUUAACGGAACAUGGCUUGUCAACAGCGCUGCUCACAUCUGGGGCAUGAAACCUUACGACAGAACUAUCAGCCCGACAGAGAACGCGUCCGUGGCUCUGCUCGCUCUGGGCGAAGGAUGGCACAACUACCAUCACGCGUUUCCCUGGGACUACAAGGCUGCCGAGCUGGGCAACUACACCCUCAACUUCACCACCAUGUUCCUGGACGUCUGUGCGAGGCUGGGCCUGGCCUAUGACCUGAAAAAGGCCUCUGACGAGCUAGUGAGGAAGAGGAUCCUGCGGACAGGAGACGGCAGUCAUAAGAUCAGCCAUGAGCACAGUCAUGAGGGCGAGGUUUGGGGAUGGGGAGACAAAGACAUGGAUGAAAGUGAGAAAGACCUCGUCGACGUGGUAAACCCGGCAAAAGAAGAAUAAGAAUAAACAACAUUAUGUGUAAAUACGUCACCGACAGGUCGACACCAAAUCUAAGUCAAACUUGGAGAAUUCAUUUCGAGAAGUUCGGUUUUCCAAAGUUUUUCAACUGGCUCUCAAAUUGUGUGUUAUGUUUCAGUAUUGCUACUGUUAGAUUAGUUUUAGAACGUGUACAUAUUUUGAGACUAUGGGCAAGAUAUUAAAAUUUAUCUAUUAAAAUCUAUUAUAUCGGAAUACUUUUCUCAACUUGAUGCAUUUUGUAAAUAUUUGAAUUGCACUGUCACAAUGACUUUCUUAAUAUUUCUGAAAUGUUUAUUGAUUAAUUAUUUUUUUUUUUGAUGAGUUAAUCUUGUUUAAACUAGUUGUAUAAUAUCUCCAAUGAUAUCGGAAAAUAAAUGGUUACUUAUUGUUUUAGGAAGAAUCACUCCAUAGUGAUGUUUUCACUUUUGUCUUAUUAUUUUCUUCUUUUGGGCAUUCAUAAUUAAUUGCCAGCUGUUAUUUAUUGCUUUAAGUUUAUUUCUUGUCAUUAUUGGUAUUUUAUUUUCAGCCUUAAAUAUGCGAGCUGAUGUAAUUAUUAGUGUGAAUUAGUUUUAAUGUUGUAGUUGUAGUCUGUUUCAACUGUUAUUUAAAUAAACUUUUUCGUUUUAAAU